GAUCUACGAGUAGAUCUACGAGAUAAAAUUAAAAGUGGGGGUCCGAUACCAGAUACGGCGAUAAGGAAGCAGUCAUUUUGUUACUGACUGAGUCUGUAUCUUGCUGCCACAGUCAAUGCCAAUGCUUGGCUCAGAGAUUGCUAACGAACACAAUGUUGGUCAACAUCGUGACGAAGGCCACCUGAUAACUUAGAAGUAAGUGAUCGAACUGAACUGAAGCGUUGAGUAGAUCUACCCACCAGUCCUUGACCCAGGACCAGAAGCCGCAAAGGUUGGUCUUGAGAUCAGCUUGAGCUCGGCCAAGGUCGAGUCGUGCAGCUGCUCCUCCAUCUCAGGAGAAGGGACGGAAAGACGCUUUGUUUGGAGGCUUUCAACAACUACUGAAGACUGAAGUCGAAUUGGCUGAGUUGAGCGCCAAGGAGUAGACCCUCCUUGUCCAUACUGCUCCAAGGUCUGUCACCACUACUGGGUACAAACAACAGGUCUUCAACAGCGUGUCAUUCUCACACACACACUUUAGAGGCCGAUCUCUCUUCUCAAAAUCGGCCAUGAGCUCAGGCAUCGGCAGUGAUGGUGCAGUCAAGCCAGCUGGUCUUGAUCAAGAUGAUGGAACUGCAUCGCUACCACCACCUGGCCCUGUGUCUCUUCUCGGUGACUUGUACUGCUCUGGACCUGUGCACAGCCACCAGCUCUAUGGAGACGGUCUCCCUCAUACAACCACCACCUGCAGCAGCAGCAGCAGCAGGGGUGUUGGUGGUUAUCAGGGUGCUAAUCAUACGGCACUGAGCUCGUCGCAUGAUGACAUUGGCUACAGAACAUUCCAGCUCAGCCAACAGCAGCAUAAUAUGUUGCCUGGUGCUGCUCCUGCUGCCGGGAUGCAUCUCCCUGGAGAUCAAUACGGAGUAUCUCCUUGUCCUGGUAAUGUCCCCGUACAGGCUUAUAGGUCUGGCAGAGAAGGUGCUAUGCAGGCUGCAGAUGCAGCUCAGCAACUCUACAUGCAGCGACCCGAUCCUCUGCACGGGCCUUUAGUUGCGGAGCGGGACUUUGUCAGUGGCAGACCACCAGCGCUUACAUCACAGAUAACACCGACCGACAUCGAAGAGAGGCACAGGCACCUUGAUGACAAGGAAGAAUCCAUCAAGCAGCAGCACCAGAUGUUGAAGAAGGAUCGGUCUGAUCUGGAUUCCCUUCGACGAGCGUUGCAUGAACAGGAGCUUGCUCUGAAAGAGCGAGAGGCCAGUGUCAAUCAACUCAGCGAAGGACUUACAAAGAGGGAUGUCGCGUUUAAGGUUCGGCAAGAAGAGUUUGCAGCUCAAGAGAAGGAGUACCAGGAGCUGGUUGACACCGACUUUCGUCUAAAGAAGGAAAUUGCCAUGGCUGAACAGCACAGGGAUGAUUUGAACGAAGAGGCUGAGUCUUUGGGAACGAGAAGAUGUGACCUGCGUGAAGAAAUCACCUCCCAAGGAUGGGUUCUUCUCGAGUUGGAAGAGAAGAAACAAAAACUGUGCAUACAAGUUGAUGAGGCGCUCACUGGAUCGGUUCCUGCCCGGCCCACCACAGCACAGCCAGCACAGCCAGCACAUGGACCCAACUCGACAACACCUCCUGCUACUCAGCGCUCGCCCUUCCAUGGUGCGUCAGUGGCAGGAGCAAUGAGCCACUCUCCACACAGCUCUCCAGCUUCUAAGCCCAAGCCGCCGUCUGGAGCUCACAUGAUGUCAGAGUUCGCUGCGCUGCAGCUGCAACAUGAAGUCUGGCAGCAGGAUGGUGAUCUCCAACAGGGAGCAAUGGCUGCUGAAAUGCUGGCACAAAAGGAGACAGAGGACAGAGAAAGGCAGAGGCAAGAGAACAGACUCCAGGAGAUGAGUGACUUUCAAGUGGCUCAGCGGCUGGCAAGAGAGGAGCAGCAACAGCAACAUGAGGAACAGCACCAGGCGCAGCAACGGAGACGGCAACAGGAGGAAGAGCACCAGGCGCAGCAACGGAGACAGGAGCAGAUGGCCGUUCGCGAGUCUCAGACGGAAGCACUCUCUGACGUUUCCCUGCCUUCUGAAGCGGAAGGCAUCAAUGCGAUUCGGUCACGGCUGUCACACAUCUCGUCGUCCUAGCUCUGCAUGUGUGUAUUUCACACAUCCUUGUGUGGAGUACGUAUGCCUAGCUAAGCACGAGACCGUGGCAAAGCUGCGUAUGUGCCGGCCUUUACGCACAUUAAGACACUGCUCAUGCUUGCGGGUACAUGUAUGUGGGUUUGUGCUCUUGCCCAGCUGCUGAAUGAUCCUGAGCAUCUCUA